GGCAGAAAAAGGAGUGCAUGCCUUAAGGAAGAGCGCACUCCUGCAGUGCAUUACUCAUUCAACUUUUUAUUUUUCUCCUCUCUCUCUCUCUCUCUCUCUGGCUGCUUCCUUCGUGCAGCAGUAUUAGUAGCGACGUGCCGCAAUAUGCAGUGAAGUAAUCCAAGCCUAGCUGCAACGCUCGUAUCCUCGGGUUAAAAACCAUAAAAUCGCGUCAGGCUGGCUCUGCUCUGCGGCUUUCACUAGCGCGGCGCGCUUCCUAAGGACAAGUCUGGGGGGUCACUGCACUUAACCUGUUGCAUAUUUGCGCCGUCCGUUUGGUCUCUCGAGUCCGCGAGGAACGAUUGUCGACUCGAAUUAUAAAUAUCGCGAUCGUCUCUCCAUAGCUAGUUAUACUUACUGCUGACUAAGUGUAUCGAUCGCGAUAAAUUCUCAGAUAUUUUGCACGCAUUGGAGUCGCGAUAGAUUGCUCACCCGUUGACUCAAGGCUCGAUUCUCGAGCCGGCAAUAGGUGUGAGCGUAUUUUAUUAUACGAUAUACGUCGGUGCCAACGACGCGAUAAUAAAGCUAUGUGGACUUUUUUCGAGUAAAAGAGCGUAGGCACAGUACGCUUUGUGGCCACCUGUUUGCUUCGUACGCUCUUCGAUACGUUCAAUCAAACAAACCACUGAUCCGUUAGCUUUGACGCUUGUCCGUGGCUCCGAAACUUUUCGGUAGCUAAAGUCACCUCAGACGGAGUUUCAAACUUAUCAAAAUGGCAUCAGCGCGUGAAGGGGAAACUACAGUAACUAUACCACUGCAGUACAAUGAUGCUCAUUGGAAGUGUAUUUUUGAAAAGUAUGAUGUUGAUGGAGAUGGUAAAAUUUCAUUUCAAGAGCUCAAAACCAUGAUAAGAGGUUCAUCUUAUUCAAAUGAUAUUCCUAAUCGAGUAGUUCGAAUGAUUAUGCAAAAAGCUGAUUUGAAUGAUUCAGGAUAUUUAGAAUAUCCUGAAUUCAUAGCUAUGAUUCACAGGAAGGAUAUGCAGGGAGUCUUUGGAAGUUAUGUUCAAAAGUAUGUGCAUUCAAUGGUGCCAUGUAGACCUUGCAGUAUAACAGCAACACAGCGAUCACAGCGAACAUAUCUCUCUCAUGAUCUAACAGAUGGUCUUUAUGAGGAAGAAUAUACAUGCAAUCCUCCUGCACUUGCAAUGAUAAUAAUUAGUCUGAUUGAAAUAGCAAUAUUUUUGUAUGAUGCUAUAGUUCACAAAGCUGUACUUGUUGAUGGACCAGCUGCUACUUUAUUCAUUUACAAUCCAUCCAAAAGAUACCAAGCUUGGAGGUAUUUUACCUAUAUGUUUGUUCAUGUUGGAUCAUUUCAUUUGGCGGUAAACCUCUUGGUACAAAUAAUGCUGGGUAUUCCUUUGGAAAUGGUGCACAAAUGGUGGCGAGUCCUUAUCAUAUAUUUUGCCGGUGUCGUUGCCGGUUCCCUUGGCACAUCAGUAUCCGAUCCAAGCGUUUUUUUAGCUGGUGCUUCAGGUGGCGUUUAUGCUCUUAUCACGGCGCAUGUAGCGACGAUUCUUAUGAAUUGGAGUCAGAUGGAAUUUGCCGUGCUUCAAUUAGUCGUUUUUGUAGCAGUUGGAACAGUCGACAUUGGUCAAGCAGUUUACGCUCGCUUAACAGAUGAGAAAAAUCAAAUUGGCUAUGUAGCUCAUCUUGCAGGUGCAGUUGCUGGAUUAUUAGUGGGAAUUAAUAUAUUGAGAAAUUUAGAAGUACGAACUUGGGAGAAGGUUCUUUGGUGGGCAAGUUUCAUCACCUAUCUAGCUCUUAUGACUGCUGCAAUUAUGUGGAAUAUAUUUUAUGAUUCAUACUUUCCUCAACAAAUUUACAAUUGAGUUGUGGCCUUAACGAUAAUUAUAAUUCGAUACAGAAUACGAAAAAGAGCUUCAAAUUAAAUUUAAGAAAAACGUUGAAUUUUACUAAAAUCGAUUUUAAAAUGUGAAGUAUGCAAAAAAAUAUUUUCUAAAUUAUGAAAAAGUAUCUGUAUUCAAUGUUAUGAACUUGUCUUGGAUUUUGUAAAUAUAUUAUAAAGAAAAACGCAUUUCAAAUCGUGAUAUUUCUGCAAACAACAAUGAAUGCCUAAGUACAAAUUAUAGAUACAGGAAUAUAUGAUGAACAUUAAACGAGUAAUCCAUCAAAUAUU